AUGUCUGCUCAACUCAAACAUAAUGCCGCCUGGGAGGCCAGCCCCCUUGCAUUCCUCUCCCGUCAAUUCAUCGAGGGUGUUCCCAAGAUCCCCAAAAGCGUCAGCCUAUCAGGCCAAACAGCUCUUAUUACUGGCUCAAACGUCGGUCUAGGAUUUGAGAGUGCUCGUCAGCUUCUCACUCUUAACCUCUCACACCUGAUCAUCGCAGUGCGAAAUCAAGCUAGAGGCGAUGCCGCAGCAAAGAAGCUCCGCAAUGAGUUUCCCAAUGCCAAAAUCGAGGUAUCGCUGGUUGAUAUGGCUUCUUACAAGUCCAUCCAGGACUUCGUCCAAUGGUGCGAGACACUGCCGCGUCUUGACAUCGCCAUUCUCAACGCUGGCUUAAGCAGACCUCAGUUUGAGCGAUCGGAGGCGUCAAAGCAUGAGAUGACCAAUCAGAUCAACUACCUCUCUACAGCUCUACUCGCCAUCCUCCUUAUCCCCGUCCUCAAGACAAAACGCGGAACUUCUGGACCUGCACAUUUGGGUAUCGUCGGCUCUGACAUGUCGUACUGGGCGCAAUGGACCGGAACCAACGAUUCCAUCUGGGAUGUGAUUGACGACCCUGCCCAUUUCUCCAGUAACGGCCACUACCAAAUUUCCAAGCUUCUUCUUAUCAUGUUUGUCGAUAAACUUGCACAACACGUCUCUCCCCAAGAAGUCAUCGUCAACUUCCCCAAUCCUGGCGCUUGCAGAGGAACGGAAUUCGGAUCCGAUGGGCACAGAAGUUUAGUGGAACAAAUUUGGAUGGCGAUUGCUAAGCCCAUCGUUGGAAGAACAGCCGCCACAGGCGCUCGGUCUUACGUCCAUGCUGUUGCCGUCAAAGGUACAGAGAGUCAUGGCAGUUUUGUUGGCGAGGGCAAGAUCAAACCUUUUCCUGUGAUUAUGUACGAGCCAGCUGGAAAGACGCUCCAGGAAACUGCGUGGAAGGACUUGAUGGAGGAGUUGAGCUUUGCGAAGCCAAUCGAAAUUCUCAUGGGAGUAACUGAGCAGCAUUGA